GUCACCCAACUAAUAAGCCAACUUCACACUACCAACUCAACCCCCAGAUCGUUACUUCCCACCACACUCUCUCUUUACAUUUUAAGAUCUAUAUCUAUAUCUAUAUUACACACACACACAGAAAACACAUACAUACAUAUACAUAUAGAUCCAUAUAUAUAUAUACACACACACACACAAGAAAGAAUCUUGGAAGAGUGUUACAAUGAGUGAACCUGCCACAAUAGAAAACAAUAAUCAUCACAAUAAUAAUAAUAACAGUAGCAGUAAUGGCUCAUCAUCACCACCUCCACCACCACCACAGGCACUUGUUGAAAGACUUAAAGAUUAUGGUCAAGAAGAUGCUUUUGCUUUCUGGGAUCAACUCUCUUCUCACCAACAAAACUUUCUUGUUCAAGAAUUUGAGAGUUUGGAUCUUCCAAGGAUUGAUCGAAUGAUUCGGUGUUCGUUUCAGUCACAUGGGCUACCGGCCGCGGCUAUAGAGCCAGUGCCAGAGAGUUCGGUUUCAACUGUAGAAGAUAGGACACUUGAAGAUAGAGAAAAGUGGUGGAAAAUGGGACUAAAGGCAAUUUCGGAUGGGAAAUUAGCUAUUUUGCUUUUAUCCGGCGGACAGGGUACGCGUCUUGGAAGUUCUGCUCCUAAAGGAUGUUUUAAUAUUGGACUUCCAUCAGGAAAAUCACUUUUCCAACUCCAGGCUGAACGAAUUCUCUGUCUCCAAAGAUUGGCAACUCAAUCCAUUAACGAGGGUUCUGGUAAUGUUGUACCAAUACAUUGGUACAUAAUGACCAGCCCAUUUACCGAUAAAGCAACACGUGAUUUUUUCAAACAACACAAAUAUUUUGGUCUCGAUGCUGAUCAGGUUACAUUUUUCUCUCAAGGCACCAUACCUUGUGUGUCAAGGGACGGCAGAUUUAUUAUGGAAACUCCAUACCAGGUGGCGAAAGCUCCUGAUGGGAAUGGAGGAGUUUAUUCAGCAUUGAAGUAUUCAAGGCUAUUAGAAGACAUGUCCUCGAGAGGCGUCAAAUACGUGGAUUGCUAUGGAGUUGACAAUGCUUUGGUUCGUGUUGGUGAUCCUACUUUCCUGGGGUAUUUCAUUGAUAAAGGAGUAGCUUCUGCUGCUAAAGUUGUCCGUAAGGCAUACCCCCAAGAGAAGGUUGGUGUAUUUGUUAGGCGUGGUAAAGGAGGACCUGUAACUGUAGUUGAAUAUAGUGAGUUGGAUCAGUCAUUGGCGAGUGAAAUUAACCAGGGGACGGGCCGACUUCGAUAUUGUUGGAGUAAUGUUUGCCUCCAUAUGUUCACUUUGGACUUUUUGAACCAAGUUGCAAAUGGUCUUGAAAAAGACAGCAUAUACCACCUUGCCGAGAAGAAAAUUCCAUCAAUCCAUGGACAAACGCUUGGAUACAAGCUAGAACAAUUCAUAUUUGAUGCAUUUCCAUAUGCACCUUCAACAGCACUUUUUGAGGUUUUACGUGAAGAAGAAUUUGCCCCUGUGAAAAAUGCGAAUGGUUCCAACUUUGACACUCCAGACAGUGCUCGGCUUUUGGUUCUUCGUCUGCAUACACGCUGGGUGGUCGCAGCAGGUGGCUUCUUAACACAUUCAGUGCCGUUGUAUUCAACUGGUGUCGAGGUUUCACCACUUGUUUCAUAUGCUGGAGAAAAUCUUGAAGCAAUUUGUCGUGGUAGAACGUUUCAUGCACCUUGUGAAAUCACUUACUAGUUUUUCACUUUUACCUUUUUGCUCUUUUGGUAUUUUAGUUUCUUCAUACAUGAUAUCUGAGAAUUUGUAACAAUUGUCCUAUAGCUCUACUGUAAUUGAGUUUGUUUGUGAAACGCGGCUUCUAUUUUAUGAUUC